AUGGAGUCUGAGAACUUCACGUUUAUCACCGAAUUCAUCCUGGUGGGACUCACCAGCCACCGAAGGUCCCAGAUCCUGCUGUUUGUCAUCCUCCUCCUCAUCUACAUGUUUACAGUCAUGGGGAACGCGGUGAUCAUCAUGCUAAUCUUGUCUGACCCUCAUCUCCACACACCCAUGUAUUUUUUCCUGAAGCACUUCGCAGGGCUAGAAAUCUGCUACGUCACCACUGGCAUGCCCCAGAUGCUGGCUCACCUCCAGGCUGGAAAUGGAAGGAUUUCUUUUGGCCGUUGCGUAGCCCAGGUGUAUGUUAGCACUUGCCUGGCUACUGUUGAGUUUGUUCUACUGGGUGUCAUGGCCUACGACCGCUACUUGGCCAUCUGCUGUCCCCUUAUAUAUGCCACUGUCAUGGGCAGGAGUCGGCAACUAAAGCUGGCAUCAACCUUCUGGGCAGCUGGCUUCAUCACUGGUCUCAUCAACCUGAGCAGCGUCCUUCGCCACCCCUACUGCGGACCCAACCGCAUCAACCACUUCUACUGCGAGCUGCCUCUCGUGCUAAAACUAGCAUGUGCAGAUACUCACAUCACGGAGGCCAUCACUUUUGUGGUGACAGGGGUGGUCCUUGCAGGUCCUCUUGCAGCUAUCCUGGCCUCCUAUACAUUAAUACUUUCCACUGUGUUACAAAUGAAGUCAACGGCUGGAAGACGCAAGGCCUUCUCCACCUGCGGCUCCCAUUUGCUGGUGGUUUCCUUGUACUACGGUACUGUUAUGGCCAUGUAUAUGAGACCCCGGUCAAGGUCAUCUCCUGACCGGGAUAAACAAUUUGCAGUCUUUUAUGUUGUGAUCAGUCCAAUGCUCAAUCCUAUAAUUUAUACUCUGCGCAACAAGGACAUCCAUGUGGCGAUGGCCAAGAUGUUGCAAAAAUGGGGGAGUUGA